AAACAACGCCAGAGCCGACUAUCUGCUGUGUGCAGAGCACAGGAGGACCCUUACUCUCUGAACACUUGUGGUGCAUCUUGCAUUAUUUACUUCAGGAGACUUGAUGUGGAGCCAUGACCUUCAAGGUGAUAGUUAUUGACUUUUCUCAGAUAAAAAGCCUGUGGGAAACACGAGUCAAGAAAUAUAAGGAACAUUGUAAAAAAGAAAAACAAAGGAUUGAGAAAAGUGCUUUGCAAAAAAUAAAGCAGGAAUGGAAUUUCAUGCUGGAAUGUAGGAACAAAGGAAUACCACAGUCUGUAUAUCUAAAUAAUGGGUUUGUAGACACUGAGCUGAAGAUAUUGGAACAGAAUGAAAGAAAGUAUCGUAUUGACAAACAGGAUCUAUCUCUUAAUGGGAAAACUGAAUCAGAUGAAUUCAUUUUUCAGCUUAAUGGCGAGCACUGGGAGGAACUUCCAGAGUCCUUGAAAGAAAAGACUUAUCUGAAAGAAUUACGUGUUAAUAAAACCCGAAUACAAAUCAUUCCUAAGUAUAUACAGUUUUUUAUAGACCUGAAAAUUUUAGAUGUGUCCCAAAACAAAAUUACUUGUCUCCCACCAGAAAUAGGUUAUUUGUCAAAUCUUAAAGAACUCAAUGUUAGUUUCAACAACCUAAAGAACAUCCCACCUGAAUUAGGAGAUUGUGAAAAUCUUGAAAAGUUGGAUUUUUCAGGGAAUUUAGACCUUAAAGAGCUUCCAUUUGAGCUGAGUAAUUUGAAAAAGGUCACUUUCAUAGAUUUGUCAGCAAACAAAUUCUCUUCUGUUCCAAUUUGUGUCUUACGGAUGUCAAAGUUGCAGUGGUUGGACAUCAGCAGCAAUAACCUUAAGGAUCUUCCGCAAGACAUAGACAGGUUAGAUCAGCUACAGAGUUUUCUCCUUCAAAAAAAUGAGAUCACUUACCUUCCUCUUGAGCUGACUAAUAUUUCUAAUUUGAGAUUGCUGGUCGUUAGUGGAGAUAGACUGGUGGAAAUACCAUCUGCUCUAGUGGAAAACCCUUUGCUGAAGUAUGUUAAAAUUCUUGAUAGCCCAAUUGAUGCUGGUUCAGAUAUUCCCGAUAUUGAGGACAUAGAAGAAAGUUAUCAGGAUCGUGAAUGGUUUGAAAAAGUAUUUAUGAAUGCCUACAUUAAAGACAUAGCUGACAGAGAAUCAACUCCCUGUUAUACAACAAAGGUGUCACUGAAUCUGCAAAUAUAAGCAAUCGGAGCUGCAAUUUAUUCUCUGCAAUGGACUUUGGAAAUCAUCAUUAACAUCACAAUACUGUAUGUUAAAACAUAAUAUGUAUUGUUUGUUUAGACUAAAAUUGUAAAUAUAACACAGCAUGUUACCUCAUGACUCAAAUUGACAUUAAUGAUAUUACUAGAUGUUGUUAAAUACACCAUUACUAUUUUAGAUACAUGUAAUGAAAGAAUAAAUGCAGUCAUUUUCAGUGUGAAAACGUGUGAAUUGUGAAAAAUUAAUGCUUAUAUUUUAUUGUAGAUAUACUGUAUGUUUAAGCAUAAUAAACACAGUUAAUAGA